AUGGGUAGAGGUGAUAGGUGCAGUGUUAGAACUAAAAAAUGCCCAAAAACGGCUGAAAAAUCUAAACAAAAGGCACAUACAAAAUAAAUAUCAAAAAAAAUUUAAAACUCUCACGGGAAUACGUGCACCAUAAAUGUAAACACCCAUGCUAUACUAAGUAACUCAACAGCUAUAAAGGUAAAGGCUAGAAAGGUAUCUUAAAAACGCAUACCUUCCAAUAAAAUGAUUUCCACUGAAGAUUAGAAAGUAGAAAGAAAUGUUAAAAAUCCAUCGCUUAUACUUAUUGAAGAUGAAUCCCAUUCCACGAAUUUUGAAUCAUACGCAAGUCCGAGAAUGAAUUGUGUAGUAAGCUAGUCACCAGCUAAUAGCCCUUCUUAAGACUAUAAUAAUUAAGACUAUUGCUCUCAUAACUAGCAUUUGCACCCGAACUAGAACUCAAUAUUCUACUCAAUGAGAUGCGGUGGCAAUGUAUAGUAGUAGUCUAGAAAUGGUAGCAAGACUUCUAUUGAGAACAUUAAAUCACAUCAAUCAAUCAAUUUUUAGGGUGAAGAUCUAUUAAGUCUUAAUCCACUUUAAAACCCUAAAAUGCGCUUACCUUCCGAGUAUUCUUCUUUUAUCGAAGUACCUACAGUAUUUCCUACUGAAGAGGAAUUCAAAGACCCCUAUAAAUUAUUUGCUAUGUUACAUCAAUAGGGUUAUCACAAACAUGGAAUAGUUAAAAUUAUCCCUCCUAAGUCUUGGAAACCCUAAUAUAAUUUUGAUAAAAUUACAGAAAAAGUUACAACAAGAACUCAAAUCUUGGCUGAGCUCUCGCAAGCCUAGCCUUUCUCUUAAAAUAAUGACUAAUACACUUACAAAGAAUUUAAAAAGAUGGCAGAUGAUUUUAAAAAAACGUAUAAAUUUUAGACCAAAACAAACUUUUAGAACGAAUAUCGUUAAAUUGAAUAUGAGUUUUGGGAGCAUGUAGAGCACCCCGAACUAUUCAAGGACGAGCUAGAAGUUGAAUAUGCUGCCGACUUACCCUCAAAAAAAUAUGGAUCAGCAUUCUCUGUUAUGGAUAACAUGCACAACUCUACCUUCAAUUUGAAUAACAUCAACUCUAUAAAAAAUUCUCUAUUUUAGCACUUUUCUAAAGACCACAGUGGCAUAAGUGGGAUCAGUAAUCCUUGGGUAUAUUUAGGAAUGAUGUUUGCUUCUUUUUGCUGGCACGUAGAAGAUUUAUAUAUGUGCGCCUUAAAUUAUUUACACAUAGGAGAAGCUAAAACUUGGUAUGGCAUUCCUCCAGAAUACAAAUACAAGUUUGAAGAAGUCUAUAAGAAAACAUAUCCUCAAAUUUUCAAAAAGAAGCCUGAUGUUUUAUUUCACAUUAAUUUGAUGCUAUCUCCUGCUGUUGCUUUAGAAAAUGGGAUACCAGUUUACAGAACUGAAUAAAAACCAGGCGAGUUUAUAUUUACAUUCCCUAAAACAUACCAUGCUGGAUUCUCUCAUGGAUUUAAUUGUGGAGAGGCUGUGAAUGUAAUUACUUUUGAUUGGUUCUAAAAUUAUUAAGAGGCUGUAUAGUACUAUUAAACAAUAAAACACCCGACUAAAAAUUAUUUUAAGAGUGCCUCUUUUGCUGUUGAAUGGUUAAUUUCUUAAGUUAUUAUGAACAUGGAAUAAUCAAAAUUCGAUCUUUCAACUUUAGUUAAAAUAAAAGAGGAAUGGAGCAAAAUUGUUUAAGCAGAGUAGUAAAAAAGAAAAAAAGUUUUAGCCAAAUAUGGAGAAGAAAAUGUAAAAAUAUGCGAGUUUUCAAACAAAAAGGAAAGAUAUGACAGACAUAUCUGCUGGCUUUGUGGAUAUUAUAGUUUUUACAGCUACUUAUUUUGUAAUAGUUGUAUUAAAAAGAGUUGCACCAGCCAUGAUACUCCUUGUAAGUGCAAUAAAACUCCUUAACUUUUCAUUCGCUUUACAGAUGAGGACUUUGCAGAGUAGGAAGAAAUAAUAAAUUAAAAAAUGAAAGAAUGCUCCUAAUGA